AUGGCGGGAGGCAGCGGAGAAGGAGCCUCGUUAGAGUAUACACCGACAUGGAUAGUCGCGCUCGUUUGCAUCAUUAUUGUCGCCAUUUCUUUGCUUGCCGAAAGAAUUCUUCAUUUUUCCGGCAAGAUACAGCAGUGGAGACACUGGGAAGAAUCCAUUCAGAAAAGAGAAUAUGACCCUGAAGAAGCUAUGAGAAAUAAAAUUACUCAUGUUGGAGACAAUGCUUUCAUCAGAAAGCGGUUAUCAGGCGCCAGCAAAAUUGGUUUUUUCAGAUGGUUGAAAUCGUUCUUCAAGCAGUUUUAUGGAUCAGUGAGUAAAUUAGAUUACACUACCUUGCGGCUCGGCUUUGUUAUGAACCAUUGUAAGGCGAAUCCGAAGUUCGACUUCUAUAAGUACAUGAUCCGAGCUUUCGAAAAUGAUUUCAAGAAAGUGGUCGGGAUAAGUUGGUACCUUUGGGUGUUUGUGGUUCUAUUCUUGUUGGUGAAUGUCUAUGGUUGGCAUGCAUAUUUUUGGAUCUCAUUUGUUCCCCUGACUCUUUUGCUUGCUGUGGGCACGAAGCUUGAACACAUAAUAACCCAAUUAGGGAAAGAAGUUGCCCAAAGACACACGGCAGUCACUGGUGAUUUGGUCGUGAAGCCUUCAGAUGACCACUUCUGGUUCAACAGGCCUCGUCUUGUACUUGUGCUAAUUCAUGUGAUUUUGUUUCAGAAUGCGUUUGAGAUUGCUAUUUUCUUCUGGAUGUUGGUGAUGUUUGGUUUCGACUCGUGCAUUAUGGGGGAAAUUGGUUUUAUCGUACCUAGACUCGUCAUAGGGGUGUUCGUGCAGUUCCUCUGCAGUUACAGCACUUUACCGCUCUACGCCAUCGUAGCUCAGAUGGGAAGUUCGUUCAACAGUGCAAUAUUCGAGGAUCAUAUACAAGAGAGUUUAGCAGGUUGGGUGCAGAAGGCAAAGCGUAACAAGGGACCAAAGAGGGCUGUUGGUGCCGUUUAUAACCAUCACGACUCGCCUUCUCCACAAAGGGUUGAGAUGAAAGAGAUUCAAGUGAAGGUUGAUCCCAAGGAACAAAAGGGCAAAGUACCAGAAAUCGAGCCCUCUGUUUAACUCAACUGAGCCUAAUGUGUCUUUUUGCAAAGUUUUUGAAGAAAUGAAUGGGGUUGUGAGGCAGAAAAGUGUGUCACUUUACCUUUUUUCUCAUGUGUCAAACAAUUUCUGUGAAAUGUAAAUGCACAACUCUCAAAUAAUCUCUA